AAAGUGACAUGAUCAGCUAUUCAAACACACUGUUUACGUACUCUACUAAACCAGUGGUAAUUCACCGAAAAAAGUUAAGUCUGCUCCUGAGAUGCCAGAUGUACCAAGACGCCAUGGUGGAGACCCUGUACAAUGCUAAUGACAUAAUGGAGAGCACUUACACUCAACAUGGCCUCUAUUCUGCUAAUCUAACUUUCUUCCAGUCUGCAAGCUUCCUAUACCCAGUGUACGAGUAUCCGUAUUGUGUAGACCUCAAUCAAAAUCUGUUUCUGCAAGCCAGCUUGGACACUUCAGACCCAGCACUAGUCCUGUUUGUAGAUACCUGUGUGGCUUCACCUGAUCCAUUUGAUUUCACAAGAAAUGUGCAUUACAUCAUACGUAAUGGGUGCAGAAAAGUCCCUGAUUAUAAAACCUACCAUUCUUCUUCAUUGAGCAGAGUUCGCUUUGGGUUCAGUGCUUUCAGCUUCUUAAGCCAACAUUCAGGCGUGUAUCUUCAGUGCAAGCUUGUCGUGUGUAGGCAAUAUGACAGCCAGUCACGAUGCAAUCAGGGCUGUGUGAUGAGACAGAAGAGAUCACCUAACGCACAUCAUGAUCAUGUUCAUGUCUCUGUAGGACCUGUGCUUCUGAAAAACUAGAGUUAGCUUCACACAGGUUAAAAGGAUUAGGUCCUUUGUUUCGGCUCAAAUAAAAUAUAAUUACAAAGUAAAUCAUAAUAUAAGAUGUAUUA